AUGAUACCUUCUAAUACUGAAAUUAGAUAUUCUGCAUCUGAAGAUGCAUUUAAUAGUUUAGGUUUAUUGUUAUCAGCGCCUGCUCCGAUUUCAGAAUCAACAAAACUAAUAUCUUCUGUUCAAACUACUUCUCCUUCAAAAAUUAUUAAAUCAUCACGUUCUAGUCCAGAUAGGUUUAUUCCAACAGGUCAUUCUGUAAGUACAUUUCGGAUGCUUUCUCCAGGUCCCAAGAAAGCUUCUGCAGAUAAUGAUAAUGGGUCCCCAAGAACAUCUAAGAUAAUGCCAAAAACUCAUGAAUCCCGUAUUGCUGAGGCUCUUGGUUUUGAUCGUUCUGCAAAUGUUUUUAUAUAUCAAAAGGCACCUUUUUCAGCGCGCUCUAAGCUUAGUGAUGAUCAAUUUCAUCUUUCUUUUAAUUUUUCUACUUCUAAAGCUAUACCAAAACGUCCUGUAUCAAUGCAGCCUAUAAAAGUUUUAGAUGCACCUAAUCUUCGAGAUGAUUUUUAUACUACAUUGCUUGCUUGGAGUAGUAGAGGUGAUUUAGCUGUUGGGCUUGCUGAUAAUGUUUAUUUAUGGAAUAAUAUUGAUGGAACAACUCAAGUUCCUGAAGAUUUUUCUGAUCAGUUUGUUUCAUCUCUUGCUUUUUCUUAUCAUGGUGAUAUUUUGGCUAUUGGUCGUGUUGAUGGGAUGGUUCAAUUUUGGUCUAAAGGGGAAUAUGCGCCUCGUUUAGAAUUGGCUCAUGCAGGUGAUAUAGGUUGUAUGGCAUGGAGACCAAAGCAUCCAUUGCGUUCAAAGAGUAGAAAUGACCUUUUAGUUGGUGCACAUAAUGGAAAGAUAUAUUAUUAUGAAAUAGAAUGGACUAGCUCUUCUGCUAAUGCUCGUUUAUUAAAAAUUAUUUCGAAUGCUCAUCAAGAGCAAAUUUGUGGAUUAGCAUGGAAUAUUGAUGGUACUCAAUUUGCUACAGGAGGAAAUGAUAAUUUUGUUUGUUUGUUUGAUGCAUUGCGUUUGGACAAACCUAAAAUUGUUUGGCAGCAUUUUGCUGCUGUUAAAGCACUUGCAUUUUGUCCAUGGCAAAAAUCUUUAUUGGCUACUGGAGGUGGUUCUCAUGAUAAGCGUAUACGAUUUUAUCAUACUCAUACUGGGGCAUUGAUAAAUAUGAUAGAUUGUGGGGGUCAAGUAACUUCGCUUACUUGGUCACCUACUUAUAGAGAGAUCUGUGCUACUUUUGGCUAUUCUUUUUCAGAUAUAUCUCAUAGAAUUGCAGUAUAUGCAUGGCCAACAUUAAAGCUUUUAGUUUCUAUACCUGCAGGUCAUCCUGAAUUACGUGCUAUUUAUGCGGUUAAUACUGUAUGUAAAAAUGAAAACGGUGAAAAUGUUGGUGGUGGAACAAUAGUAGUUGCAGCAAGUGAUGAAACAGUAAGAUUUUAUAAAAUGUGGGAAGAUGAAAGAGGAUCUAUAGCAAGUGGAGGUGGCGGAAGGGCUGUGCGAUGGGAGGGGGUAUUUGGCAGUGAUAUUGUUGAAUUGGUUGAAGGGAUUGAUAGGGAAGGGAAUGAAAAAAUUCGAUAG